AUGCGGCCUAUAGGCUUUACGCGUCAUGAGAUGCGCCGUGUAAUCGCCGAGCGUAACCACUACAAAGAACGCUUAAUAGAAUUGCAGGAAGCUGUGCGCUUCGCUGAAAUCCUACAUUUUAAAAGUCAUGGUCGCCGGCAGAUUUUACAGGCAGCCUUCGAGACUGGCUUUUCCGAAUUAGGUGCCGGCGAAGUGCAAGGAGAGAGCAAUGAAGAAGCCAGCCCCCUCAUGAAGUGA